AUGAUUUGUGACAAUUACAAUGUUUCUAUUUGCUUCAUGUCCUCCAUUGAGUGUUUUUGCUUGGAUCUAAUGCAGCUUAAGUUUGCUUCUCCAGCAAACAGUGUCUUCUUUGGGUGUAAUGACACUUUUGUAAGUGUGGCAGUCAAAGUUGACCCACUGGGUACAAGCAGAAGACUGAACCCUGCUUACUUGACCCUAGGGAAGUGCCCAGUCUCUAGUACUACUGCACUUCUUGGCUACCUUGUAUUUGAAUACCAAUACAGUGCCUGUCGAUUCGAUAGAAUGGCCCUUGGGAAUGCCGUGAAGCUUUAUGCUAACCUGGUUUACAUGCCUACCCAAAUGGCCAAUCAGUAUUCUGAGCCUUUCUCUGUACCCAUAGUCUGCAUAGCAAAGAGGUCUAUGAAUCCAACUCCUAUAGACAUGACAUCUACAGUGUUUCUAACAGCAUCUGGAAUGGGUAACCUUAAUUUCAGCUUUCGCUUCAUGAAUGAUGACUUCUCAGGUCCUUCAGAUGCAAAAGACUUUUUAUUGGGAUCCCCCAUCAACUUGGAACUGUCUGUGAAUUUAGGAUAUCACAUUCCUCUGAGACUCCUUGUGGAUGAAGGAAUAGUGACUCCAACUACAGAUAUCGCUUUAACACCAAGAUAUGAUCUGAUCAACAACCAUGGAUGUUUUGUAGAUGGAAAAGUGGCGCACUCUAGGUUUGUAAAGCAGGAUCCAAUAAAUACCAUAUGGCUCACCUUUCCAGCCAUGAAAUUUGUGACACUUGGUAAUGAGAUCUACCUUACCUUUAAGCUGGUUGUCUGGGAUCCCAAAGAUGUAACAGAGCUCAGGAAGGCAUGUUCUUAUUUACUGGACACAAACAGGUGGGAACUACUUGGUAGUGCAGACAAUACUGUAUGCACUUGCUGCGAUAAUGUCUGUUCUAGAAGUUCCAGGAAGAAAAGAAAUGUUAAUGAAAAUGAAGAUGGACUUGUUCAUACAAUGGUUCUAGGACCCUUCAAAGUACAUAGCCCAUCUACUAAUGGCAACGAAUCCAGAGCAGCAGAGACAGUCUCCGUUACAGGCUUCCUUAUGCCACCUGCUGUUGGGGCACUUUUACUGGAGCUGGCUGUUCUGUUGCUGCUGUGCAUUGGUGUUAUACUGUAUGGCCGAUCAAAGCAAAAACGUAAAGAGAUUGAAGAGCGCAGCCUUGUAACCAAUGAGCACUAA